AUGGAGGAAACGGAGAGGAAGAAGAAGAAGAAGAAUGCAGAGUUCAGGCUGUACAAUGCAAUGAGUAAAACAGUGGAGGUUUUCAAGCCGAUUGUUCCAGGCAAAGUCGGCAUGUACGUCUGUGGUGUUACUGCCUACGACCUUAGCCACAUCGGCCAUGCUCGUGCCGCUGUUGUCUUCGACGUUCUCUUCAGGUAUCUGCUGCACUUGGAUUAUGAAGUUACCUACGUGAGAAACUUCACAGACAUUGAUGACAAGAUAAUUAAGCGUGCAAAUGAUCUUGGUGAAGACCCUUUGUCGUUAAGCAAUCGCUUCUGUGAAGAAUAUGUUGCUGACAUGAAAAACCUGGGAUGCCUCCCUCCAACUCAUCAGCCACGGGUAACUGAUCACAUGGAAAAUAUCAAGAACAUGAUCACUCAGAUACUGGAAAAUGGCUGUGCAUAUGCUGUUGACGGAGAUGUGAACUUUGCAGUUGAUAAGUCCCCAAACUACGGCCAGUUAUCUGGGAGGAAGUUGGAGGACAACAGAGCUGGUGAACGUGUUGCAGUCGACUUAAGGAAGCAAAAUCCUGCAGACUUUGCUCUUUGGAAAGCUGCAAAGGAGUGUGAGCCGAGCUGGGACAGCCCAUGGGGACCUGGGAGACCAGGAUGGCAUAUUGAAUGCAGUGCCAUGAGUGCACAUUAUCUCUCUUUCAAGUUCGAUAUCCAUGGUGGUGGAAGUGAUUUGAUAUUCCCACAUCACGAGAAUGAACUGGCUCAAAGCAGUGCUGCAUCCAGCGACAGCAAAGUCAAUUUCUGGGUUCACAAUGGCCAUGUCACUAAUAACCAAUUGAAGAUGUCUAAAUCCUUGGGCAACUUUUUCACCAUUCGUCAGGUUAUUGAGAAGUACCAUCCACUGCCUGUGAGAAUGUUCCUGCUAAGUAAUCAUUACCGUACGCCCCUAAACUAUACCGUUUCCCAGAUCGAGCAAGCUUCUGAGACUGCUUGGUUCAUUUAUCAGAUAUUGCAAGACUGUGAGGUUGGUUUGUCACCAUUUCAAGAAAGGUUAGCUAAGAGUGGCAAGAAGCCUGUUCAGAUUGCUGGUGAGGCUCAAACAUGCAUCACUAAGCUGCAAGAAGAGUUCAAUGAUAAAUUAUCCGACGAUCUGAACACGUCACAGUUAGUUACUGGGAGGAAGUUCAAUGAAGCCUUGAAGUACAUAGCUCUUAAUCUGAAACCCCUAAAGAAGCAAAAGCAGAUGUCACCGUUAGUUCACUCCAUUGCUGCAGUAGCUAGAGAAGUUGAGUCGGUACUGAGAAUUCUUGGCUUGCUGCCAACUUACAGUUAUGAUGAGGUUUUGCAGCAGCUUAGAGAGAGGGCAUUGGUAAGGGCAGGACUAAAGGCAGAAGAUGUGGUACGGUUGAUUGAGGAAAGAACCACUGCGAGGAAAAAUGAGAAGUUUGGAAUAAGUGAUAAAAUCAGAGCCGAUUUGGCAGCAAAGGGAAUCGCAUUGAUGGAUGAGGGGAAGGAAACCGUUUGGAAGCCAUGUGUUCCCGUAGUGCAAGGCAAAUGGGUUAGGUUCGUGGGUUGGGUUCGCGCGUUGGUUGAUUCAUGGAUUGCGUUUAAAUGGAUUUAUCGGUUUAUUGGUUGGUUUAGACGGGUUACUGGGUUGGUGGAUCAUUCGACAUCCGUGAAGAAGCAGCCAUAA